AAAAUGCUGAGCUCACAGUCUCUCAAGUCUCAAAUGAGCUACCGGCUCCGAAGCAGCAGCAGCAGCAUUAUCGACAUUGAGUGCAGUGCCCUCUCCAAACUCGGUUUCUUCCGUAAUUCAAGGCAACUCCUCUCCCCAUUUCUUUUUCUCCCUUCAUUCUUCUCACCCCUCAUUCUGUUCUUCCUCUUCGCCAUCGUCUUUCGUAGGGUUUGGUGUUGCAGUCAAAAUACCAAGACCAAAAUGGACAAGGAGGAGGAUCAUCAUCUCGCGAAAUUCACUGUCAUUAACGAUCCUCUAUCACUCAACCACAAGAUUGCCGCCAUUCGCAAUGCCGGCCCUUCUAAACUCCAGGUGAUUGCAGAUUUUGACGCGACAUUGACGAGGUACUGGAUCAAUGGGCAGCGUGGCCAAAGCAGUCAUGGCCUUUUGCAGCAAGGAAACCCUGAGUUUGAUGCCAAGAGACAAGCAUUACUUCAAUACUAUCAUCCAUUAGAAUUCUCUCCAACAAUCCCACUUGAAGAGAAAACCAAGCUCAUGGAAGAGUGGUGGGGAAAAACACAUGGUCUUCUCAUUGAAGGAGGCCUUACAUAUGAUGCAAUAAAGAACUCUGUUGCUAAUGCGAAUAUUGCCUUUAGAGAUGGUGUAGUUGAACUCUUUGAGUUUUUAGAGGAGAGAGAUGUCCCAGUCCUCAUAUUUUCAGCAGGGCUUGCAGAUAUUAUUGAGGAGGUCCUGAGGCAGAAAGUUCACAGAUCUUUUAUGAACAUUAAGAUUGUCUCAAACCGGAUGCUGUUUGAUGACUCUGGUCACCUUGUGUCUUUCAAAGGGAAAUUGAUUCACAGCCUGAAUAAAAAUGAGCAUGCUCUUGAUAUGGCUGCACCUCUUCAUGAUCAAUUGGGUGAUAAUGAUGGACCAGUUACUGACAAUGCCUCAGUGAAGCAGAGGACUAAUGUGCUACUUCUAGGUGAUCAUAUUGGUGACUUGGGAAUGUCUGAUGGCUUGAAUUAUGAGAAUCGAAUAUCUGUGGGGUUUCUGAAUGACAACAUUGAGAAGAAUCUUGAGAGCUACCGCAAUUCCUUUGACAUUGUUUACUUGAAUGACACACCAAUGUGGGGCGUGGUGAAGCUUGCAACUGAGCUGUGUUCUGUUGAGUGUUGAUUGAUUGGCAUUGGAUGUGCUAUUAUUUGGCUCAUCUCUUGAUUGAAGAUUUGGAUGUAUCCAAAAUUGAGUCCUAUAAAGACUUUGACAUGUCAACUUCAUUAUUCUCAAGCUUAGCCCUAGCUCAAGACAUCUACUAGAACAAUUUGAUUAACUUUUUGGUGAUCACUACUUUCCUAUAACAUAUUCAUUUACUCCAUGGAAGAGUAUUUCAAGCA